AUGCCAUUUGAUAGGGAGAUACGAAGUAACAUCGUGACUUGUUCUACAACUGAAACUGGUCAAACAAAAGUUGGUUCCUUCACUCACCCACCUCCUACAGUUGCAAUCAAUGGUAUUAAAUGUGUGUCGGAUGCAUCCACAAAUAUAUCUUCUCUCAGCCCGCCAACAUCUGCUCGUUCAGGCAGUCAACAGACGGGAUUUAUGUCAUUCUUUUCCACCCGACAGCGCAAGUCUUCUGGUCUUCCUCCACUAUCUCUUGUUUCUGUCAAACAAUCACGCUUGAUGUGUGUCGCGAAAAUCGAUGAGAGUAUUCAGGCAGUCGAUGAUCUACUGGACUUUUAUACUCGCACAGUUAAAGCCGAAAAUAAGGUCUCCAAUGCCUUAUGGCAUACGGUUCAGUAUUCAAAGUCGCGAAAAUUUGAAGCAAACGGUAGAUUCACCACGCAGUCCAGCUUUAAUGGGAGCCAACCCAAUAUUCUCAAUCCGCCCUUUAGAGCCGGUGCUUCUUCCUCUGGUGAUAAUUCAGUUGUGGACUCCGGUAUCUCCGAAAUGACAGUUGAGCCUUCUCCUUUUGCUCGCACAAAUGGUCUUCAAAGUUCAAGUGCUCCACAAGCCAAACAGUUCUUACAAUGUUUCAUUGAAGCUAACGAAGCACGUGCGGAAAUUGCGGCUUGUCGUGCCUCUUUCCAUAAGAAAAUAACCACCUAUCAGUUACAAAUGGUUUCUGACGCUCUACAGCGUCUUCGAUCGCUCUACAUAGAAUUGGAUACAAAGCUGGAGACCUACUCCUCACAGUUGGAAGCUGAUGUCAGAGAGUGCUGGAAGAAGUACGCAAAGUAUGCGGACAAUGUGACUCGUCUACGAUCUCGAAUAAAUUCGCUACUCGAAAAAGGCAGGUUUAUGAUUGCCUUCUUUCUAUUGUUUCUUUCCUUAGGCAUUGCAAGCAAGAGGAAAGCAAUUGAAUCAUCUGUUAACGAAUUGGACGGGGCCACGUUCAAGCUCCACAUGGCACACAACACCUACACUCUUUCUCUAAUCACGGCACGUCAGUAUCACCAAUGGCUUGUGACUCGGCUCCAACCAUGCCUUUAUCGCAACCUAAAUCGAUGUUUACGAUUGGUCGACUACGCCGUCUCUUACCUUCUUCGUCUCGCACGUAUUGAACAGGCUUCCAAGGGUGCCUUUGAUUUCAUUCCUCCACCAGAUUCGGAUCCCUUGGGCGACACUCACCUCGACACUGGGUUAAGCGAGGGUAUGGGAGCUCCUGGAGAGGAUACCUUUAGACGGGCAUUUCCUUUCGACUCGGAUCUCCUUGUGCGUGCUGGGGAUGAGGCUCUGCAACCGGACACGAUUAUUGUCAACCAGACGACAGUUUAUCCGGUCCAGAAGCUGUUGCAGAACCAUCUGCAAGAGGUAACCAACCAAGGGAGCAUAACUCAGGUGCUAGAAAACGAGCACACCAAACUUGUGUCUUCUGUAUCGGCCUGGAUCUCAGUGCUGUCUUCAGCAGGUCCAGUAUUACGCGAUUUGCCGACUGCUCUGAAGACGGAUGAAGCAAUGAUACGUCUGUUGGAUGAAGUAGAGGCCAUAAACCCCUUGGAGGUGCCACCUAGAGUAGAUGAGGAGAAAGUCUUCCUAAGUGCAGCCACAAAACCGGCCACAAUCUGCGCCUUGGCUAUCCAAUUGGGUACCUGCGAGUUCAUUCAUUGCCAGUCGGUGUGCUUUGCGGACAGCCACGCGCAAAUUGUACGAGUGUUGAGACAGGCAGAAGUGGUGGCGCCCUCACCCCCGCCGCCUUCGCUACCACAGCCGACGACGUUAUCGAGUUCAUCGUCAUCCACACUGCUUUCCGCCGCCGCCACAACUUCUUCCAUCAAUUCGGCCUUUUCUGCUGAUGUUACUAGUGGUGGUGCUGGUGGGGUUGGAGCCACGAGUUUGGACAUAUUGGAAUCGCGGUUUCAUUGUCUUCGAGUGCAGCUGGAUAACCCGGACGGAAGCAUCUCCGUUGGGGGUCGUUCUAGUCUUGGUGAGUCCGAUUCUGAGAACGAUGGCCCGGGCCAAAACCAGGCAGAAGCGGGCUGUUCGAUCUCCACUUCGUCCGCCUCCGUUGGUGCCACUGCGGCGCCCCAACGCCGAUCGAUAAAGGCUAUUAAGGAAGGGUCUCAUCGUCAAACUUUGGCCGCCUUCCCGAAACCCCAAAUUACUCCUACUGACAACCGUUCAUCCAACCGGCACUCAACCAUUGUUGGAAGCAAGGCUCUCCACAGGUUCCAACAAAAUCGUGUUUUUAAGAGGGAUCCUUCUAUCGUUGCUGGUUCCGCCUCCUCAGUCGUUCCUGAUAGCUUUCUGCGAUCACGAACCAACAGUGCCUCUUCAGUGGAUCAGGACCAGUCUGGGGGAGCUUUGAGCAGCAUCUCCGUUGAAUCGGUUCGCCAGCUGAAUGAUGGUGAUGAAAGCGAUCCCUUGCAUCGAAUGGAUCAGGAUGAUGUUGAUAUCAACAAGGAACCAUGGUUCCAUGGAGUGCUACCGCGAACAGAAGUUGUUCGGCUUCUGCAAAAUCAGGGAGAUUUUUUGGUGCGUGAGACAAGUAAAGCAGCCUCCACCUCCUACCUGGCACGUCGCAACCGUGCACAACACCACCGCCAGCGUAGCAGCGAGGGCCCUUCCCUCACCAAUCUCUGGUCUUCUAGUGGUGGUGCUCCCUCCGUUAGUGUUGCUUCAUCCUCAUCCACCGUAACCUUGCUUGGUUCCCAGUCUACAGAAGACUUGCGCGUCGAUCGAAAUGGUAGCAGUGGUAGUGGGGGCAAGGUGGUGGUCACUAAAAUGGUCCUCUCUGUCUACUGGAACGGACACAAGCACUUCAUUAUCCAGGGUGGUGAUGAGGCUGUAGAUGGUUCUGGCGAUCUUGGGAACCGACGCGGGGGAUGGUCGUUUGAGGAAUAUGAGUUUCCGACUCUUAGGCAAGUUGUUGAAGACCUCAUUGAAUAUCAUAUGCGAACGGGCAAACCAGUUACCCAAUCUUCUGGUGCCAUCCUCCUUAAUCCUAUCUCGCGACCAGACUGGCAGUUGGAUAAUAAGGAUGUAAUUUUGUUGGAAAAGAUUGGACAGGGCAAUUUCGGGGAAGUGCAUCGUGGCAUUUACAAUGGGCGCGAAGUGGCAGUGAAGACUUGUCGAGCGGGACCAGCGGAAGUGGAAAUUAGACGAAAGUUUCUUCAGGGCGAGGCUACUGCUCUCAACUUCUUCCAUCCUAAUGUGGUGCGUCUACUGGGCAUUGCCGUUCGGUCUCAUCCCAUCAUGAUUGUCAUGGAAUAUGUCGCUGGAAUCCACUCCUUUGUUGACUAUCCCUCUUCCUCCAUCUUCUUUGUUUUCAGUGACUUGGCGGCUCGAAAUUGUCUUUUAACAGAGGAUCGGGUGCUGAAGAUCGCUGAUUUUGGAAUGGCUCGUGAAGAACACGUUUAUGAGCCCGGGCAGUCAGGAGAAGAGGGGGAGAGGAAGCGCCACAAAAAAGGCAAGAAGCUGAGCGAUCGCAAUGGGCCGAUUCCGAUCAAGUGGACAGCUCCUGAGGCCCUCUACUCGAAUCGGUAUACCAGCAAAUGUGACGUCUGGUCGUUUGGUAUUCUACUAUGGGAGAUUUUCAGCGCUGGUGACACUCCCUACCAUGGACUUACCAACAGCGAGACUCGGGAUCUGGUUGAAAAUGGAUAUCGUCUGACCACACCUGAUCGAAUGCCACGCCAACUGGGAAAACAGAUGCAGUCAUGUUGGCACCAGAAUCCUAACCGACGUCCCACCUUUGCUAACCUCGUGGUUAGUCUCACACAACUGAAACGCGAAUUUGGCGAGGACAUCGAUCUUUCUCCGCCUGGGGAGUCUAACUGUUCUGCUAUCGCCAGCGCUGCUGCCGCCGCUACUACCGGCAUUCUGACCUUUCAACAGCAUCAACAGCUAACCAAAGUGUCUACGUUGGAGCAGGAUCGCUUGCGUUCUCGACCCUCCUUAUUGGCUGUGACGUCACCGACUGAGGUCCGUGCUCCACCUCCCCCCUCCGCUUCCCCCUCCAACUCCACCACCUCACGGCUGCCUCGACUCAAACCGGUGACUGCGACGCCUGAAGAAGCGCCCAGUGGCGUUGAAGAGGUGGAGAAACACUCCCCACUCGUUGGUCCCAUUCCCGAUGAGGAGCGGUUCUAA